CCAGACUCACUCGCUCUCUGUAUCCUUCCAUCUCUGUUCAUUCUCUGCAACUCUGUUUCCUUUUCAGCUCACCAAUCCUUUGUUGCUGUCAUCUUUAUUUCUUGUUCAAUUUUUCUUCCCUUCUGAUAUUUCAGGGAAAAAAUUAAAAAUAAAAAAUCAAAAUGGUUCCCGGUAUCUUUGUCUCCAUUUUCUCAGAUGUCUUCAAAGAAUCCAUCAUGCAAUUUGUCCUUGCGCCAAUCAAACAGCAUGUCAGUUAUCCUUUCACCUACAAGAGCAAGGUUGAGAUUCUCCAGAGUGAGGCUGAGAAAUUGAAGAACAGAACAGUCAAGUUGCAGCAAUCCGUUGAGGAGGCUACAAGGAAAGGGGAAGAGAUCUAUGAAAGUGUCAACAAGUGGCUGAACGAUGCAGGCAAAGCUAUUGAAGAAGCUGAGGAAUGUAUCAAAGGCGAAGAACAAGCGAAAAAGAGGUGUUUCGUUGGAUUAUGUCCUGAUUUGAAGAUACGCUAUCAGCUUAGCAAGAAAGCAGAGAAGAAAGCUAUGGCAAUUCGUGACCUUGCGAGUGAAGACGACCAUGAUCCAAUUUCCUUCCGUCCCCCUCUACAGCAGAUAGUUGCCCCGUCAGUAUAUGCUCGUGAGGGCUUGAAUUCAAGAGAGUUGUUCUUGGAGAAAGUUAUGGAUGCACUAUUAGAUCCAGAUCUUACUAUGAUCGGGUUGUAUGGACUUGGAGGUGUGGGUAAGACCACCCUAGCAAAACAGGUCCACAGAAAAGCUCUGGAAGAGAAGCUAUUCGACGUCGUCGCUAUUGUUGCUGUAGGUCAAACACCAGAACUCCGAAGAAUUCAAUCGGAGGUCGGUGAUAUCCUGGGCUUGAAAUUUGAGGGGGAGGAAAUACCUGGAAGAGCUAAUCGGCUAUAUGAGAGGUUGAAGAAAGAGUUGGAGAAAGAGAAGAAAGAGUUGGAGAAAGAGAAGAAGAAGGUACUUAUAAUUCUUGAUGAUAUUUGGAAACAACUUGAUUUAAAUGCAGUGGGAAUUCCCUUUGGAGAUGAUUUCAAAGGAUGCAAAAUGUUUCUCACCUCAAGGAACCAAGAUGUGUUAUCUCGUGAGAUGGGCACACAGAAAGAAUUCAGACUCGACGUUCUACAGGACGAAGAGGCUUGGAGUUUGUUUGAAAUGACUGUCUCAUCUGCUAAAAAUUCAAAAUUGCCUCCUAUCGCCGCAGAAGUUGCUAAAAAAUGUGCAGGAUUGCCUCUUCUAUUGCUCAUAAUGGCGACAGACUUGAGAAAUAGAGAGGCAUACGCAUGGAGUAAUAAGCUGAAGCAAUUAUCUGAGUUUGACAAUGCAGAAAUAAAUUCAAAAGUACACGCGGUUCUGGAGUCAAGCUACUACAAUUUGUGUGGCAAUGAAGUCAAGUCGCUUUUCUUGCUUUGUGGCCUGAUAGGACAAUCUAAUAUUCAAAUCCAGUCCUUGCUGAAAUACAUCAUGGGUCUUAGUUUAUUCAAGAACAUUUCUACUGUGGAAGAAGCAAGAAACAAACUACGUGAUCUGAUUGAUACCCUUAAAGCGCAGAGCUUAUUGCUAGAUGGCGACAUGUAUGGAUUCGUAAAAAUCCAUGAUGUUGUUCGAGAUACUGCUCUCUUGAUUGCAUCUAGAGAGCAACAUGCGUUUAUAAUUACAAGUGGCAGGGAGUUGAUGAAAUUCCCAAAUAAGGAUUGCACCAGAAUUUCUCUGCAGUAUUGUGAUAUUGAAAAUCUCUCCGAAGGAUGGGAGUGCCCAAAAGCAGAGGCACUAUUCCUUGUCACAAAAGUUUUUUGUUUGGGAAUCCCACAUCAGUUUUUCAAGGGCAUUAGAAACCUGGAAGUAGUGGAUUUUACUGGGAUCCAUUUUGUGUCCCUCCCUUCAUCGCUCGCUUUCCUAUCCAACCUUCAUACCCUUUGCUUGCAUCGGUGCCAACUGGAGGACUUAGCUAUCAUUGGAGACUUGAAGCAACUACGAGUUCUUAGUUUUGCAAACUCCUACGUUGUUGAGUUGCCCAGACAAAUAGAGCAACUGGCUCGACUAAAAGUCUUAGAUGUGAGCAAUUGUUCCAAACUCAAAAUGAUUCCAGCAAAUGCCUUAUCAAAGCUGUCGGAGCUUGAAGAACUAUACAUGAGUAACAGUUUUGUUGAGUGGGAGGCCGAUGGGAACAAUGCAAGCCUUGCUGAGUUGGAAAAGUUGUCUCAGUUGACUACCUUGGAAAUGCAAAUACCGGAUGACAAGAUAUUACCAAAACACUUGUUCUCCAAUGGCCGCUUGCAGAGCUUUAGAAUACUGAUAGGGGAUAACUGGGACUGGGAUGACAACUACAAAACCUCUAGAACGCUGAAACUUAAGCUCAAGGCAAGCAUUCAUUCAGGAUACGGCAUUAAAGUGCUAUUGAGGGAGACUGAAGAUUUAUGCUUAGAUGAAGUGAGGGAGGCUGAGAACUUGUUGUAUGAUAUUGACGGGGACGGCUUUCCAAAAUUGAAGCAUCUCCGAGUCCAAAAUAAUUAUGCCAUUCAACAUAUCAUCAAUUCGACGAAGUGGGCCGUAUGUGAUGCCUUUCCAAUUCUAGAGUCAUUGAUUUUGGAAAAUUUAAUGAAAUUGGAGAAAAUCUAUCAUGGUCGACUCACAGUAAGAUCUUUUAAUAAAUUAAAAAUUUUGCAAGUAAGAAAUUGCCAGAAAUUGACGCAUCUUUUUUCAUUAUCUGCUGCCAAGUGUCUUUUGCAAUUGCAGGAAAUAGAAGUGGAAGAUUGUCCUAAGAUGGAAGCUAUUGUUAUUGAUGAAAGUGAAAACAGUAACGAAGUGCUUGAGUUCAAUCGCUUGCUCUUUUUGAAUUUGCGAGAUCUUCCAAAUUUUAGGACAUUUCACAGCAAAAUAAAGGCGCCACCAAAAAUUGAGAAAUUUUUGUCAAAAGUUGAGAAAUUUUUAUCAAAAGUGGAGAGUGAUACUCACUCAUUACUUUUCAGCAAAACGGUAUGCCUAUAUUAACUUUU